UUCCUGUUUUGAUAAUGACAACGUUAACCAUCCCAAAACGUAUAGCUAAUUUUCCAAAUUUUUGCCAACUAUAGGUGUAUUUCUCAAUCGCUUGGGAAGGCAUUACUCAAGAGGAGACGCAAUGGACAGUCGCUGUUAUGGCUGUGCAUCAAAGUUUAGUCUCUUCAAGAAGGAGUUGGGCUGUAAGAACUGCGGCCGUGCCUUCUGCUCCAGCUGUUUGAGUCUCAGUGCUGUGGUGCCUCGCUGUGGCAACACCCAGCAGAAGGUCUGCAAGCAGUGUCAUGGUAAUCUCACAAGAGGGGAAUCUUCGAACAAUGCUGGAAGAUGGUCCCCUCCAGAAAACUACAAAAAACGGGUUACAGCACUGGAGGCCAAACAGAAACCGCAGUCCACACAGUCUGGUGCGCAUGGAGGGAGCAGAAAUGGCAAAUCGGUCCAAAUACCAACCAAAGGGCUUAGUAAAGAAGACUACGCUAUUGCUGAGAGGCUUCAAAAGCUAAAAGAAGACACCAAACCAAAGUCUAUUCCUUCUGAAAAGGAGAUUGAGUCACGUCUUGCUGCUCUGAAAACUCCCAGCCAGCCAGUGCCUUCUUCAGAGGAUAUGGAGGAUCGUCUGGCAGCUCUGCGGGGUCAGCCACCUCCAUCUCAAGCUCCUCGACCAGUACACCAGCCUCCUGACACCAGGACUCAAACUGAAAAAGCCAAUGAUUUGAUUACUCAGAUGGCAGAAGAAGUCGCCAUUGAUGAUCAACAGUCAAGUCCAGAAGAUGGUGUAGAUAUGAAUGAUCUCAACAAAGGUGAAAGUGCUGCUUCAGACGAGAAUCUGGAGGACAACCAGGGAGAGGUGAGACAGCAGGAGGCAGAGAAAGACCGUCUGCUUGAAGAAGCCAUGAAGGAACUGAAGAGGGAGAAAUAUUCCCAGGACGAGAUCCUUCACAUGGCCAAGAGGCUGGCACAGUUAAAAGGGCAGGAUCCAGAUAAAGUCACAGCAGAGGAUUUCAGACAACCUGACAGUGAAGAAGAGACUGAGGAAGAAGCUGUGAGGAGAGUCCUGAAACAGCUUUCAGAAGAGGCUGCACUUGAUAAAGCCAGUGGCUACAACAUACCUAUAGAGCACAGCGGACCCAGGAACAGAGAAAAAAAGAAAACCUCUAAAAAACCAACUCCUGCCCCGACGAGCCGGCCUUCUCCUACUGCUGCUGCACAUCAGCCAUCAGACAGCGACGACGAAGAACUUCCCUGGUGCUGCAUCUGUAACCAAAACGCCACCCUGCGUUGCUACACCUGUGAUGGAGACCUGUACUGCAGCCGCUGCUUUCGGGAAGGCCAUGAUAAAUAUGACAGGAAGGAGCAUCACACCAGUAGCUACGCUGCUCCGAAGAAGAAGAGGAAGACAUGAUACUAAAGAUGUUCAUCUUAUUAAACUCUGACCUUUCAUGGUUGUAGGACUUGCUUGUUAGCCUCACAGGGAGUAUUGCAGUAAUGGUAACAGCUUUAUAGGAAUUGAAAACAUUACUAUAAACCAGAGCUCAUCAUAACACAUAAACUUACAGUACCUAGCUUAAGGAUUAAUAAAUGCCCUCUGGGGGCUUUACAGUUUUUCAUGGCACAACCACAAACUUAAUUGUAUUUUAUUGGGAUUUACAGUGAUACACCACCACAAAGUAGCAUGUAUUUAUGUAACAGAAAAAAAAGGAUACAUGGUUUUCAACCUGUAAUACGACUAUUUGUGUUCAUCGUCUUAAUAUUCCGCUUGAGGGUGAACCUCCAUCUCGUCCUAGAGUCUAACAGGUUUUUUUUCUCGGAUUGCCUUCUACUUCACUUCCUCCUCCCACCCCCAUAUAGUAUGAUACUGCCGCCACAAUGUUAAGUGUGUUAAGAGUUUUAUUUUUCACAUAGAUAAUGUUUAAAAUAUUUACCAAGUAGUUCCGUUUGGUCUCAUCUGAGAAGAACACCUUUUUUCUUUUUAUCACGUGGACGCUCACAGUCUUGAUAAUUGAUUCUCCCACUUGAGGUAUACAUUUAGUUUUUGAAGACUUUUGACAUCAGCUGGUUGAACUGGAGUUUAUUUAGGGGUAUCGGUGUAAAAGAAGCUGAAUACAUAUGCUUUCCAGUUCAUCUCUGUAAAAAAAUCUGUAGAGUGUUUGUCAUUUAUUUUAAAUCCCUAUAAAAGACAUUGAGAUUUGGGGUUGUGGUGUGAUAAAAUCCAAAAUAGCUGGAGGGGUUGAUUCAGCUUGUAAGGCAAAGUGCAGUAAGGAACUUAAAAGACAUUUAAAAAUACUGUGCAAGAUUUCCAACAGCGGUUAGACUAAAAUUAGACAAGCAAGACAUGUAAUAUCUGAAACUUAUCUUAGAAUUUGCUAAAAAAAAAAAAAAGGUAUUAGUUGAAGAUGCUAAAUGAAACACAACGUUUAGAAGUCUCAACGUGAAUAAGAAGCAUCACAGGUUUGUUUGAACUGUCUUAGUUUUUCAUGACAAAAGAGCCUUCCUCCUAAGUAUACUUUGCACUCAUUACUGUUUGAGUAUUUUUAACUUUUUGCAGCACUUCCAUCAAGCAGACAGAUCAUGAGCUCACCCAAGACAAUGUGCACUCAUUUGCAGACUAUUGUCAGCUAGAUACUGAAAAGUCACAGACGAGUCUGUAUGAAAGAAUCACUGAGGCCUUUGUUCCCUUUGUGCUGUUGUUCUUGUCUAUGUUUGGCUGUGGUUCUGACAUUAGCGCUGACUCUCUUGUCAUUUGAUUCUAAAUGAAGCAAUUGUUUUGAUCAUUUUUAACGCCAAAGCUCCUUUUUUUUUAAACAAAAUGUGUCAUUAUUAAGAAAAUCGUCUGGCAUGUAUGGAUUCUUUGUCAGUGAAAGAAUGAAUGAGUCAGAGUCAUACAAGUAACGGUAAUGGAGCCCUCAACAAAAAGACCCUGCGUAUGACAGUGAGAGGACCAGUGUGCUGUUAACUUAUAGGAAGCCUUCACACUCUCCUCUGGCUGCCCCCUCCAUUAAUGGUGGUCAUGUUUGCCUUUUCUGGCCAUGUCAGGCACCACCCCACCACCACCACACACAGGAAAUGGAUGGGUAUAAUGGGUGCACGCUUAAUGGAACAUCCUGUGGCUGAUUUCAGUGUGUUUACUCCUAGACUUGACAUGUUGACGCCUCCAUUGUUUCCAUCACUCUGUUGAAAAAUUCAUGUCAGAAAACAGAACGCUGACGGUUAUCCUUUCAGUUGUGUCCAGACAAAGUGCUGCAGGGCGUAAUGAAAAGCGGCUGUGAUAGUAGAGUGGUUUUAUUAGUGCUGUAAAUUUUGUCCAAGUAAUGUAACUGCUAUUCCAAGAAUUAGGUUUUUUUUUUGUAGAAGGUAAUUCAAAUUAAAAAGUGAACCUCAUAUUAUAUAGAACCAUUAUGCACAGAGUGAUACAUUUCAAGCAUUCACUUCUAUUCUAUUUAGAUAAUUAUGGCUUACAGCAAAUUGCUAUUUUCCGGAUGAUUACAGAAUACUUUAUUUAAGCAUAUUGAUAGAAAGUUAGGUGGAAGGAAACUGUGUGGUAAAAAAGGUGCUGAGGCAGAGUAAAAAGGUUGCUUGAGGUCCAGUGAACUACCCACAGUCAGGACUUGUAAGUAGUACUUGGUUUCACGACCAAGGCAUCAUUGUUCUCGACUGCAAGCUCUGCUGACUCCAAACCACAUAGAAAAUCUUUAGGGUAUUGUCAAGAGGAAGGUGACAGACAUCAAACACAACAUUAGAAAUAAGCUAAAAGCUGCUUUUAAAUCAGCCUGCGUCUUCUUGACAACUUGGCAGAACCGCUGAGUGAUUCCUUUUAAGGCAGUCUCUGAUGCAGAAACAAUUUUUUUGUUGUCGUUAGCUUUAGGUCCUAAUCAUCAAAAUUAACAGAAACAAAACUUGAAAUAUGCCACUGUAAUGACUAUGUGAAACAUUUGUGUUCUCUUUUUUAAUUGAAUUGCAAACCCAAAUAAACUUUUCAACAGUACUCUAAUUUAUUCAAACCUAACCUGCAGAUGCAUAAUUAAUGUCGAAUAAAACAAACUGGUUCAUCA